GCUCUGCGGGGAUCAAGGGAAGGCCUGACCCGGGGCCCUGCCCCUAACCCAACCCGAGAACAGGGCUGCUGGGAUCAAGGAACCCCUGAUCCGGGGACCUGUCCUAACCCAACCCGAGACACGGGGAGCUCUGUGGGACUAAAGGUAAAGCCUGACCCUGGACCGCUCCAAACCCUAACCCCCGGGACACAGGAGCUCGCUGGGACUAAAGGUAACCCCUGCCCUGGCCUGCUUAACCUCCCCUAACCGAAAAACCCGGAGCCUGCUGGGACCAAGGUAACCCCCUGACCCGGCCCUCUCCCCCUAACCCUAACCCGGACCAGGGCUCUGCUGGGACUAAAAGGAAGCCCUGCCCGGGACUGCUCCUACCCCUACCCCGAGACCAGGACCCGCUGGGACUCAAGGUAAGCCCUGAUCCUGGACCUGCUCCUAACCCUAACCCUAACCCCGAGACACAGGAGCUCUGCUGGGACUCAAGGUAAGCCCUGAUCCUGGACCUGCUCCUAACCCUAACCCUAACCCCGAGACACAGGAGCUCUGCUGGGACUCAAGGUAAGCCCUGAUCCUGGACCUGCUCCUAACCCUAACCCCGAGACACAGGAGCUCUGCUGGGACUCAAGGUAAGCCCUGAUCCUGGACCUGCUCCUAACCCUAACCCUAACCCAGAGACACAGGAGCUCUGCUGGGACUCAAGGUAAGCCCUGAUCCUGGACCUGCUCCUAACCCUAACCCUAACCCAGAAUGUGGGUAGGGGUAAAAUUGACUAUUCAAUCAGGAUAGAUAAUAAACAGAGCAGCAGCAGAGUAUGUGAAGAGUGUGUGUAUAUGUGAGUGCGUGUGUGUGGCGUCAAUUUGCAUGUGUGUGUGUUUUGUGUGUGUAAGCUCGUUUAGUGUGUGUGUGCAUAUUUGUUUGUUGGCCGUACCAGGCGGUGAUGCAGCCAGUCAAGAUGCUCUCAAUGGUGCUGCUGUAGAACUUCUUGAGGAUCUGAGGCCCCAUGCCAAAUUGUUUCAGCCUCCCCCAACUGUGUUGGAUCUGAGGCCCCAUGCCAAAUCGUUUCAGCCUCCCCCAACUGUGUUGGAUCUGAGGCCCCAUGCCAAAUCGUUUCAGCCUCCCCCAACUGUGUUGGUGUGUGUGUGGACCGUGAUAGAUCCUUAGUGAUGUGGACACUGAGGAACCUGAAGCUCUCGACCCGCUCCACUACAGCCCUGUCGAUGUGAAUGAGGGGUGUGCCUGGCCCUCCGUUUCCUGUAGUCCACGAUAAGCUCACAUUGAGGGAGAGGUUGUUGUCCUGGCACCACACUGCCAGGUGUCUAACCUCCUCUCUGUAGGCUGUCUCAUUGUCGUUGGCGAUUUGGCCUACCAACAUUGUGUCAUCUGCAAACGUAAUGAUGGUGUUGGAGUCGUGCGCGGCCACACAGUCGUGGGUGAACAGGGAGUACAGGAGGGGACUGAGCACGCACCCCUGAGGGGCCCCUGUGUUGAGGGUUAGCGUGGCGGAUGUGUUGUUGCCUACCCUUACCACUUGGGGGCGGCCCGUCAGGAAGUCCAGGAUCAAGUUGCAGAGGGAGGUGUUUAGUUCCAGGGUCCUUAGCUUAGUGAUGAGCUUGUAGGGCACUAUGGUGUUGAAUGCUAAGCUGUAGUCAAUGAAUAGCAUUCUCACGUAGGUGUUCCUCUUGUCCAGGUGGGAAAGGGCAGUGUGGAGUGCAAUAGAGAUUGCAUCAUCUGUGGAUCUGUUGGGGCGGUAUGCAAAUUGGAGUGGGUCUAGGGUUUCUGGGAUAAUGGUGUUGAUGUGAGCCAUGACCAGCCUUUCAAAGAAUUACAUGUCUACAGAUGUAACUGCUACUGGGCGGUCGUCAUUUAGACAGGUUACCUUGGCAUUGUUGGGCACAGGGACUAUGGUGGUCUGCUUGAGACAUGUAGGUAUUACAGACUGGGUCAGGAAGAGGUUGAAAAUGUCAGUGAAGACACUUGCCAGCUGGUCAGCGCAUGCUCUGAGUACGCGUCCUGGUAAUCCGUCUGGUCCUGCGACCAUGUUAAUGUUAACCUGUUUAAAGGUCUUACUUACAUCGGCUACAGAGAGUGUGAUCAUACAGUCGUCCGGAACAGCUGGUGCUCUCAUGCAUGGUUCAGCAUAGAAGGCAUUUAGCUCGUCUGGUAGGGUCGCGUCAUUGGGCAGCUCUCGGCUAGGUUGCCCUGCCACAUCUGAUGAGUCUCCCGAGUGGCGCAGUGGUAUAAGGCACUGCAUCGCAGUGCUAGCUGUGCCACUAGAGAUCCUGGUUCGUAUCCAGGCUCUGUCGUAGCCGGCCGUGACCGGGAGACCCAUGGGGCGGUGCACAAUUGGCCCAGCGUCGUCCAGGGUAGGGGAGGGAAUGGCCGGCAGGGAUGUAGCUCAGUUGGUAGAGCAUGGCGUUUGCAACGCCAGGGUUGUGGGUUCGAUUCCCACAGGGGGCCAGUAUAAACAAAUAAUGUAUGGAUAAGAGCGUCUGCUAAAUGACUGAAAUGAAAUGAAAUGAAAUGAGCAUCGUAGCCUGUGUAGUAGGAUUCAAUCUUAGUCCUGUAUUGACGCUUUUGCCUAUUUGAUGGUUAUUCGGAGGACGUAGCAGGAUUUCUUAUAAGCGUCCAGAUUAGUGUCCUGAUCCUCGAAAUCGGCAGCUCUAGCCUUUGGCUCAGUGCAGAUGUUGCCUGUAAUCCAUGGCUUCUGGUUGGGAUAUGUACGUACGGUCACUGUGGGGACGACGACGUCGAUGCACUUAUUAAUGAAGCCGGUGACUGAUGUGGUAAACUCCUCAAUGUUAUCAGAUGAAUCCUGGAACAUAUUCCAGUCUGUGCUAGCGAAACAGCCCUGUAGCUUAGCAUCCGCUUCAUUGGACCACUUCCGUAUUGAGCGCGUCAUUGGUACUUCCUGUUAGCAUUUUUGCUUGUAAGCAGGAAUCAGGAGGAUAGAGUUAUGGUCAGAUUUUCCAAAUGGAGGGCGAGGGAGAGCUUUGUAUGUGUUUCUGUGUGUGGAGUAAAGGUGAUCUAGAGUUUUUUUUGCCUCUAGCUGCACAGGUGUCAUGCUGGUAGAAACUAAGUAAAACGGAUUUCAGUUUUCCUGCAUUAAAAUCACUAGUCACUAGGAGAACUGCGUUUCUUGUUUGCUAAUGGUCCAGUUGGUUGAGUCCGGUCUUAGUGCCUCCAUCGGUUUGUGGUGGUGAAUAGACAGCUACAAAAAAUAUAGAUUAAAACUCUCUUGGUAUAGGUCUACAGCUUAUUUUUACAUUUUAGUCAUUUAGCAGACGCUCUUAUCCAGAGCGACUUACAGUUAGUGAGUGCAUACAUUUUCAUAUUUUUUUCAUACUUAUCAACCUUGAGACUUCCUUAUUAUUAGAGAUUGCGCACCAGUUGUUGUUAAUAGAGAGACACACACCACCCCCCUUGAUCUUACCGGACUCUGCCGUUCUGUCCGGGCGAUGAAUAGAAAAGCAGCUAGAUUUAUGUAUAUUAUCCAUGUCCUUGUUCAGCCAAGAAUGAGAGAAGCAUAGUAUAUUACAGUUCUUAAUGUCCCGUUGAUAGGAUAGUCUCGAACGGAGCUCGUCCAGUUUAUUUUCCAGCGAUUGCACAUUCGCUAAUAGAACAGAGGGUAGAGACGAUGUAUUAAUUCAGGGGCUGGUCCUGGAUAAUCAAUAUGUCUUUCACCUCCGACUCAUUGAAGUCUUCGUUCAAAUGGAGGUUAGUGAUCGCUGUUCUGAAACUGUUAGGAAACGACGGUGGAAACAUUAUGUAGAAAAAAAGUUAUGAUCAGCGCAAAAACUACACAAAAUAGCUAAAUUAGUCAGGAGCCCGUAAAACGGAUGCCAUUUCCUCCAGCGCCGUUGUGAUGCUCCUGGACUAUAUUACUGACUGACUGGCUUACUGACUGACUGACUGACUCCUGGACUGACUGACUGACUAACUCCUGGACUGACUGACUCCUGGACUGACUGACUGACUGACUAACUCCUGGACUGACUGACUCCUGGACUGACUGACUCCUGGACUGACUGACUCCUGGACUGACUGACUGACUAACUCCUGGACUGACUGACUCCUGGACUGACUGACUCCUGGACUGACUGACUGACUAACUCCUGGGCUGACUGACUCCUGGACUGAAUUACUGACUGACUGACUCCUGGACUGACUGACUGACUCCUGGAUUGAAUUACUGACUGACUGACUGACUGACUCCUGGACUGAAUUACUGACUGACUGACUGACUCAUGGACUGAAUUACUGACUGACUGACUGACUUCUGGACUGACUGACUCCUGGACUGACUGACUGACUCCUGGACUGAAUUACUGACUGACUGACUCCUGGACUGACUGACGGACCUGACUGACUCCUGGACUGACUGACUGACUGACUCCUGGACUGACUGACUGACUGACUCCUGGACUGACUGACUCCUGGACUGUCUGACUGACUCCUGGGCUGACUGAUUCCUGGACUGACUGACUCCAGGACUGAGUUACUGACUGACUGACUGACUUACUGACUCCUGGACUGACUGACUGACUGACUCCUGGGCUGACUGACUCCUGGACUGAAUUACUGAGUGACUGACUUACUGGCUGACUGACUUAUUGAAUCCUGGACUGACUGACUCCUGGACUAACUGACUCCUGGACUGACUUAGUGACUGACUCCUGGACUGACUGACUCCUGGACUGAAUUACUGACUGACUGACUGACUGACUGACUGACUGACGACUGACUGACGACCGACUGACUGUCUGACUGACUCCUGGACUGACAUUAACCAAACAGAUAAUGGAAUUAACUAAAUGUUUCCACAAUAACCGUAAUCUGUAUUAUGUCCAGAUAGGUAGACAAUGCUGCUGUUGUUUCUUAGAUGUUGGCUGCAUAGCUCUGCCUGCACUAAGCUCCUUCUGCACCAAAAACAGGUCCUGUGUUCUGUUGAGAGGGGCUAACAUUUAGUAUUGCUCUCCUUCAUAAGGAAAAUGGAUACCUGAUGUGUUAGUAUUUAGUAGAGAUUCAUAUUCAUAUUCAGAGUGUUUAAUAGUCAUAUGUACAGGGUUGCAGGUGUGAUUGCAGGGUACAGUGAAAUAAAAUAAUGAAAAUAAAUAAAUAAAUAAAAUAUAUAUAGUGCAUUCGGAAAGUAUUCAGUCCCCUUGACAUUUUCCACAUUUUAUUAUGUUACAGCCUUAUUCUACAAUGGAUUCAAUUGUUUCCCCCCCCCCCUCAUCAAUCUACACACAUUACCCCAUAAUGACAAAGCAAAAACUUUUUUUUAUAAAUUUUUACAUAUGUAUUAAAAAAUAUAUAUAUAUAUAAAAGUUACAUAAGUAUUCAGACCCUUUACUCAGUACUUUGUUGAAGCACCUUUGGCAGUGAUUACAGCCUUGAGUCUUCUUGUGUAUGACGCUACAAGCUUGGCACACCUGUAUUUGGGGAGUUUCUCCCAUUCUUCUCUGCAGAUCCUCUCAAACUCUGUCAGAUUAAAUGGGGAGCGUCGCUGCACAGCUAUUUUCAGGUCUCUCCAGAGUUGUUCGAUUGUGUUCAUGUCCGGGCUCUGGCUGGGCCACUCAAGGACAUUCAGAGACUUGUCCCGAAACUACUCCUGUAUUGUCUUGGCUGUGUGCUUAGGGUCGUUGUCCUGUUGGAAGGUGAACCUUCACCCCAGUCUGAGGUCCUGAGCGCUCUGGAGCAGGUUUUCAUCAAAGAUCUCUCUAUACUUUGCUCCGUUCAUCUUUCCCUCGAACCUGACUAGUCUCCCAGUCCCUGCCGCUGAAAAACAUCCCCACAGCAUGAUGCUGCCACCACCAUGAUUCACCGUAGGGAUGGUGCCAGGUUUCCUCCAGGUGUGACGCUUGGCAUUCAGGCCAAAGAGUUCAAUCUUGGUUUCAUCAGACCAGAGAAUCUUGUUAGGUACCUUUUGGCAAACUCCAAGGGCGCUGUCAUGUGCCUUUUAAUGAGGAGAGGCUUCGGUCUGGCCACUCUACCAUAAAGGCCAGAGGAGGAACUCUGGAGCUCUGUCAGAGUGACCAUCGGGUUCUUGGUCACCUCCCUGACCAAGGUCCUUUUCCACUGAUUGCUCAGUUUGGUCGGGAGGCCAGCUCUAGGAAUAGUCUUGGCGGUUCCAAACUUCUUCCAUUUAAGAAUGAUGGAGGCCACUGUGUUCUUGGGGACCUUCAAUGCUGCAGAAAUGUUUUGGUACCGUUCCGCGGAUCUGUGCCUCGACACAAUCCUGUCUCAGAGCUCUACGGACUCCUUCGACCUCAUGGCUUGGUUUUUGCUCUGACAUGCACUGUCAACGGUGGGACCUUAUACAGUGCCUUGCAAAAGUAUUCAUCCCCCUUGGCGUUUUUCCUAUUUUGUUGCAUUACAACCUGUAAUUUAAAUGGAUUUUUAUUUGGAUUUCAUGUAAUGGACAUACACAAAUAGUCCAAAUUGGUGAAGUGAAAUGAAAAAGUGGUGCAUGCAUAUGUAUUCACCCCCUUUGCUACGACGCCCCUAAAUAAGAUCUGGUGCAACCAAUUACCUUCAGAAGUCACAUAAUUAGUUAAAUAAAGUCCACCUGUGUGUAAUCUAAGUGUCACAUGAUCUCAGUAUAUAUACACCUGUUCUGAAAGGCCCCAGAGUCUGCAACACCAUUAAGCAAGGGGCACCACCAAGCAAGCGGCACCAUGAAGACCAAGGAGCUCUCCAAACAGGUCAGGGACAAAGUUUUGGAGAAGUACAGAUCAUGGUUGGAUUAUAGAAACAUAUCUGAAACUUUGAACAUCCCACGGAGCACCAUUAAAUCCAUUAUUAAAAAAUGGAAAGAAUAUGGCACCACAACAAACCUGCCAAGAGAGGGCUACCCACCAAAACUCACGGACCAGGCAAGGAGGGCAUUACUCAGAGAGGUAACAAAGAAACCAAAGAUAACCCUGAAGGAGCUGCAAAGCUCCACAGCAGAGAUUGGAGUAUCUGUCCAUAGGACCACUUUAAGCCGUACACUCCACAGAGCUGAGCUUUAUGGAAGAGUGGCCAGAAAAAAGCCAUUGCUUAAAGAAAAAAAUAAGCAAACACGUUUGGUGUUCGCCAAAAGGCAUGUGGGAGACUCCCCAAACAUAUGGAAGAAGGUACUCUGGUUAGAUGAGACUAAAAUUGAGCUUUUUGGCCAUCAAGGAAAACGCUAUAUCUGGCGCAAACCCAACACCUCUCAUCACCCCAAGAACACCAUCCACACAGUGAAGCAUGGUGGUGGCAGCAUCAUGCUGAGGGAUGUUUUUCAUCGGCAGGGACUGGGAAACUGGUCAGAAUUGAAGGAAUGAUGGAUGGUGCUAAAUACAGGGAAAUUCUUGAGGGAAACCUGUUUCAAUCUUCCAGAGAUUUGAGACUGGGACGGAGGUUCACCUUCCAGCAGGACAAUGACCCUAAGCGUACUGCUAAAGCAACAAUCGAGUGGUUUAAGGGGAAACAUUUAAAUGUCUUGGAACGGCCUAGUCAAAGUCCAGACCUCAAUCCAGUUGAGAAUCUGUGGUAUGAUUUAAAGAUUGCUGUACACCAGCGGAACCCAUCCAACUUGAAGGAGCUGGAGCAGUUUUGCCUUGAAGAAUGGGCAAAAAUCCCAGUGGCUAGAUGUGCCAAGUUUAUAGAGACAUACCCCAAGAGACUUGCAGCUGUAAUUGCUGCAAAAGGUGGCUCUACAAAGUAUUCACUUUGGGGGAGUGAAUAGUUAUGCACGCUCAAGUUUUCUGUUUUUUUGUCUUAUUUCUUGUUUGUUUCACCCCAAAAAAUUUGGGGGAUCUUCAAAGUGGUAGGCAUGUUAUGUAAAUCAAAUGAUACAAACCCCAAACAAUCCAUUUUAAUUCCAGGUUGUAAGGCAACAAAAUUGAAAAAUGCCAAGGGGGGUGAAUACUUUAAAAACCUAAAAUGUCUAAAAACCUGUUUUUGCUUUGUCAUUAUGGGGUAUUGUGUAUAGAUUGAUGAGGAUUUUUAUUUAUUUAAUCAAUUUUAGAAUAAGGCUGUAACAUAACAAAAUGUGUAAAAAGUCAAGGGGUCUAAAUACUUAACGAAUGCACUGUACCUCAUAAUAAGUACAGAACUACAUCCUGUAGAUUUAAAAUAAGACACUUUCUGCCUCAUGCUCAUUAUUUCGGCUGCCAUUAAUUUUAUAAUUUCAGAAAGUAUUCAUACCCCUUGACUUAUUCCACAUUUUGUUGUGUUACAACCUGAAUUCGAAAUGGAUUAAAUUGAUUUAUUUUCUCACCCAUCUACACACAAACCCCGUAAUGACAAAGUAAAAACAGGUUUUUAGACAUUUUUGCAAAUUUAUUUCAAAUGAAAUACAGAAAUAUCUCAUUUACAUAAGUAUUCACACACCCGAGUCAAUAAUUUUUAGAAGCACCUUUGGCAGCGAUUACAGCUGUAAAUCUUUCUGGGGAAGUCUCUAAGAGCUUUCCACACCUGGAUUGUGCAACAUUUGCCCAUUAUUCUUAAGACAUUUCUUCAAGCUCUGUCAAAUUGUUUGUUGAUCAUAUUACUGGACAACCAUUUCCAGGUCUUGCCAUAGAAUUUCAAAUAGAUUUAAAUCAAAUCUGUAACUCGAACAUUCACUGUCUUCUUGGUAAGCAACUCCAGUGUUGAUUUGGCCUUGUGUUUUAGGUUAUUGUCCUACUGAAAGGUGAAUUCAUCUCCCAGUGUCUGGUAGAAAGCAGACUGAACCAGGUUUUCCCCCCAGUACUUUACGAUUACAAGCAUAUCCAUAACAUGAUGCAGCCACCACUAUGCUUGAAAAUAUGGAGAGUGGUACUCAGUGAUGUGUUGUAUUGGAUUUGCCCCAAACAUAACAUGUUGUAUUCAGGACAAAAAGUUAAUUGCUUUGCCACGUUUUUUCCAGUAUUGCUUUAGUUCCUUGUUGCAAACAGGAUGUAUGUUUUGGAAUAUUUGUAUUAUGUACAGGCUUCCUUCUUUUCACUCUGUCAAUUAUGUUAGUAUUGUGGAGUAACUACAAUGUUGUUGAUCCAUCCUCAGUUUUCUCCUAUCACAGCCAUUAAACUCUGUAACUGUUUUAAAGUCACCAUUGGCUUCAUGGUGAAAUUCCUGAUUCGUUUCCUUCCUCUCCGGCAACUGAGUUAGGAAGGACGCCUGUAUCUUUGUAGUGACUGGGUGUAUUGAUACACCAUCCAAAGUGUAAUUAAUAACUUCAUCAUGCUCAAAGGGAUAUUCAAUGUCUGUUUUUUAUUUUAAAUUUUUUUGUAUCUACCAACAGGUGUCCUUCUUUGCGAGGCAUUGGGAAACCUCUCUGGUCUUUGUGGUUGAAUCUGUGUUUGAAAUUCAGAUGAGGUAGUCAUUCAAAAAUCAUGUUAAGCACUAUUAUUGCACAUGGAGUGAGUCCAUGCAACUUAUUAUGUGACUUGUUAAGCACAUUUGUACUCCUGAUCUUCUUUAGGCUUGCCAUAACAAAGGGGUUGAAUACUUAUUGACUCAAGACAUUUCAGCUUUUCAUUUUUUAUUAAUUUGUAACAAUUUGAUUAACAUAAUUCCACUUUUACAUUAAUGGCUGUUGUGUGGAGGCCAGUGAAACAACAUCUCAAUGUAAUCCAUUUUAAAUUCAGGCAGUAACACAACAAAAUGUGGAAAAAUUAAAGGGGUGUGAAUCCUUUCUCAAGGCAUUGUAUUAUAUCCUUCGCUCUACUGUUACAAUUGAUUUGUGUAAGCAGUUCCUGACAUCCUAAUCUGACAGGACCAGUUGAUCUGUAAACACCGGAGGGAAUCCCACACCAUUCUUCUAUUUGACGCCAAUACAAUGCAUAAUCAUGUGAUUCAUAGACACCUGUGAAUGCAAGUGUGCAUCACAUGAAAACGAAAAUGGAAAUGAAAUUAUCAUGUGGAGUUUCAAUGAAUACUGAAUAUAAUGUAUAGUGAUGUAUACUGAGAUGUAUACUGAGUAUAGUGAUGUAUGUCCCCUGUAGCUCAGUUGGUAGAGCAUGGCGUUUGCAAUGCCAGGGUUGUGGGUUCGUUUCCCACCGGGGGCCAGUAUGAAAAUGUAUGAAAAUGUAUGCAUCCACUAACUGUAAGUCGCUCUGGAUAAGAGCGUCUGGUAAAUGACUAAAAUGUAAAAUGUAUACUGAGAUUAAUACUGAGUAUAAUGUAUACUGAGUAUAAUGUAUAGUGAUGUAUACUGAGUAUAAUGUAUAGUGAUGUAUACUGAGAUGUAUAAUGAUGUACAUUGGUAGAGCAUGGCGCUUGUAACACCAGGGUAGUGGGUUCGAUCCCCGGGACCACCCAUACGUAAAAAUGUAUGCGCACAUGACUGUAAGUCGCUUUGGAUAAAAGCGUCUGCUAAAUGGCAUAUUAUUAUUAUAUUAUGUAUCCUGAGUACAAUGUAUAGUGAUGCAUACUGAGAUGUAUACUGAGUUUAUGUAUGGUAAUGUAUAGUGAUGUAUACUGAGUAUAAUGUAUGGUGAUGUAUACUGAGUAUAAUGUAUAGUGAUGUAUACUGAGUAUAAUGUAUGGUGAUGUAUACUGAGUAUAAUGUAUGGUGAUGUAUACUGACUAUAAUGUAUAGUGAUGUAUACUGAGUAUAAUGUAUAGUGAUGUAUACUGACUAUAAUGUAUAGUGAUGUAUACUGAGUAUAAUGUAUGGUGAUGUAUACUGAGUAUAAUGUAUAGUGAUGUAUACUGAGUAUAAUGUAUAGUGAUGUAUACUGAGAUGUUUUCUGACCAUAAUGUAUAGUGAUGUAUACUGACCAUAAUGUAUAGUGAUGUAUACUGAGUAUAGUGAUGUAUACUGAGUAUAAUGUAUGGUGAUGUGUACUGAGAUUUAUACUGAGUAUAAUGUAUAGUGAUGUAUACUGAGUAUAAUGUAUAGUGAUGUAUACUGAGAUGUUUUCUGACCAUAAUGUAUAGUGAUGUAUACUGAGUAUAGUGAUGUAUACUGAGUAUAAUGUAUGGUGAUGUGUACUGAGAUUUAUACUGAGUAUAAUGUAUAGUGAUGUAUACUGAGUAUAAUGUAUAGUGAUGUAUACUGAGUAUAAUGUAUAGUGAUGUAUACUGAGUAUAAUGUAUGGUGAUGUAUACUGAGUAUAAUGUAUGGUGAUGUAUACUGACUAUAAUGUAUAGUGAUGUAUACUGAGUAUAAUGUAUAGUGAUGUAUACUGACUAUAAUGUAUAGUGAUGUAUACUGAGUAUAAUGUAUGGUGAUGUAUACUGAGUAUAAUGUAUAGUGAUGUAUACUGAGUAUAAUGUAUAGUGAUGUAUACUGAGAUGUUUUCUGACCAUAAUGUAUAGUGAUGUAUACUGACCAUAAUGUAUAGUGAUGUAUACUGAGUAUAGUGAUGUAUACUGAGUAUAAUGUAUGGUGAUGUGUACUGAGAUUUAUACUGAGUAUAAUGUAUAGUGAUGUAUACUGAGUAUAAUGUAUAGUGAUGUAUACUGAGAUGUUUUCUGACCAUAAUGUAUAGUGAUGUAUACUGAGUAUAGUGAUGUAUACUGAGUAUAAUGUAUGGUGAUGUGUACUGAGAUUUAUACUGAGUAUAAUGUAUAGUGAUGUAUACUGAGAUGUAUACUGAGUGUAAUGUAUAGUGAUGUAUACUGAGUAUAAUGUAUAGUGAUGUAUACUGAGAUGUAUACUGAGUAUAAUGUGUGGUGAUAUAUACUGAGUAUAAUGUAUAGUGAUGUAUACUGAGUAUAAUGUAUAGUGAUGUAUACUGAGUAUAAUGUGUGGUGAUGUAUACUGAGUAUAAUGUAUAAUGAUGUAUACUGAGAUGUAUACUGAGUUUAUGUAUGGUAAUGUAUAAUGAUGUAUACUGAGUAUAAUGUGUGGUGAUGUAUACUGAGUAUUAUGUAUAGUGAUGCAUACUGAGAUGUAUACUGAGUUUAUGUAUGGUAAUGUAUAAUGAUGUAUACUGAGUAUAAUGUAUAGUGAUGUAUACUGAGUAUAAUGUAUAGUGAUGUAUACUGAGUAUAAUGUAUGGUGAUGUAUACUGAGUACAUAAAAAAAAAUACAUUUUAGUAAUUUAGCAGACGCUCUUAUCCAGAGCGACUUACAGUUAGUGAGUGCAUACAUUUUCAUACUGAGUAUAAUGUAUAGUGAUGUAUACUGAGUAUAAUGUAUGGUGACAUGUACUGAGAUGUGUACUGAGUAUAAUGUAUGGUGAUGUAUACUGAGAUGAAUACUGAGUAUAAUGUAUAGUGAUGUAUACUGAGUAUAAUGUAUAGUGAUGUAUACUGAGUAUAAUGUAUAGUGAUGUAUACUGAGUAUAAUGUAUAGUGAUGUAUACUGAGUAUAAUGUAUAGUGAUGUAUACUGAGUAUAAUGUAUAGUGAUGUAUACUGAACAUGUCUGUGUCUAACAGGUGGUUGGAGGAAAGAUGAUGGAUUCUGGUCGACUUUGUGCUUUCAUCACUAAAGUGAAGAGAGGAAGUCUAGCAGAUACUGUUGGUCACCUUCGACCAGGUACACACUGGCUCACACUGAUGAUGUCAUGAGUACACACUGUAUCACACUGAUGAUGUCGUGAGUAGACACUGUAUCACACUGAUGAUGUCGUGAGUAGACACUGGCUCACACUGAUGAUGUCAUGAGUAAUAUGCUGUUUCAUAUUGAUGAUGUCAUGAGUAGACACUGGUUCAUAUUGAUGAUGUCAUGACUAGACACUGGCUCACACUGAUGAUGUCAUGAGUAAUACACUGUUUCAUAUUGAUGAUGUCAUGAGUAGACACUGGUUCAUAUUGAUGAUGUCAUGACUAGACACUGGCUCACACUGAUGAUGUCAUGAGUAAUACGCUGGUUCAUAUUGAUGACGUCAUGAGUAAUACACUGGCUCAUAUUGAUGAUGUCAUGAGUAAUAUACUGGUUCAUAUUGAUUAUGUCAUGAGUAGACACUGGCUCAUUCUGAUGAUGCAAUGAUUAUUUUUAGCUGCCAUUACUCUGACCAAUCAUAUUUGUACACACCAUAAACACUUCAUUAUAUUCUAUCAUAUUUGUACACUUCAUAAAUAUUUUAAUGUCACUCCUCUCUUUCUUUCUGCAGUGUGUUGUGUUAACGGAUCCCCUCUCUCUCUCACACUCUUCAGGCGAUCAGGUUCUUGAAUGGAAUGGGAGGGUCCUACAAGGAGCAACAUUCAAGGAAGUUUAUAAUGUGAUUCUAGAAUCGAAGCCAGACCCCCAAGUGGAGCUGGUUGUGUCCCGACCCAUAGGGUGA